UAAACCAAUAGGAUCUGCGCCGGAGCGUCACAGGAAGCGCGAAGGAGUGAACUAUUCGCGCUACAAUGGCGCCGCUAGAUUUGGAUAAAUACGCGGAGAUUGCCAAACAGUGUAAAUAUCUCCCAGAAAACGACCUCAAGAGGUUAUGCGACUAUGUGUGUGAUCUGCUGCUGGAGGAGUCAAACGUUCAGCCUGUCUCUACACCCGUAACAGUAUGUGGAGAUAUUCACGGACAGUUUUACGAUCUAUGUGAACUGUUCCGAACCGGCGGCCAGGUUCCAGACACAAAUUACAUCUUCAUGGGGGAUUUUGUUGACCGAGGAUAUUAUAGCUUGGAGACUUUCACCUACCUGCUGGUGCUGAAAGCCAAGUGGCCCGACCGCAUCACACUGCUGCGCGGGAACCACGAGAGCAGGCAGAUUACGCAAGUCUACGGCUUUUAUGAUGAGUGCCAAACCAAAUACGGGAAUGCAAACGCAUGGCGAUACUGCACCAAAGUGUUUGAUAUGCUAACAGUUGCAGCUCUAAUGGACGAGCAGAUUCUGUGUGUCCACGGCGGCCUCUCUCCUGACAUCAAAACCCUCGAUCAAAUCCGAACCAUCGAGCGAAAUCAAGAGAUCCCUCAUAAAGGAGCUUUCUGUGACCUGGUGUGGUCGGACCCAGAGGACGUAGAUACCUGGGCCAUCAGUCCCAGAGGGGCCGGUUGGCUCUUUGGUGCAAAAGUUACAAAUGAGUUUGUUCACAUCAACAACCUGAAGCUCAUCUGCAGGGCUCAUCAGCUUGUCCACGAAGGCUACAAGUUCAUGUUUGAUGAGAAGCUCGUCACGGUUUGGUCAGCUCCCAAUUACUGCUACCGCUGCGGCAACAUCGCAUCCAUCAUGGUCUUCAAAGACGCUAACACAAGGGAGCCAAAGCUGUUCAGAGCAGUGCCUGACUCUGAAAGAGUCAUUCCUCCCAGAACGACGACACCUUACUUCCUGUAGACGAAAGCAGCUCGGUCAUUAGACAGAGACACAGCACUUAUAAACCCAUUUAAAUGUUGGUGUAACUGAUUAUUGAGGGAGCACUUCUCGGUGCCGGCUGCCAGUUUUUAUUCCUGCUUUGUGCGUUUGAUGCCAUUAUUCUGCAGCUUAGGUUUCGCUUAAAUACUACAGCAAAGGAAAGUUGCUGAGCAUCACUGCUGUCCUGCUGUGUACGAGAAAAGGACUCUGAUCAACUGACGAUGUAAAAUCAUAUUUAUAAAGCUUCGAUCUUUACAUUAAAAAGAAAUUGCACAUGCGGUGUUGUAUAGAUUGUUUGAAUGUUAUUUCGGUGUAUGUAUUUAGCUGGACGUAUAAAAAGCACUGCUAAAAAAAAUCAAAAUUCUGUAUCCUGACACCUCUCAGUUCCAUGUAAGCCUGUAAAUAAACCAGACACCUGAGAGUUGAUAUGUAAAGAUACGCUCAUCUCCUUCAUGUUUAUGCUGUGGUGACCUCAGAACUGUCUGUAAUAUGCAAAUGUAUAGUCAGUUCUUUGUGGAUAUUAUUUCUGCUUGUUUUUAAAUAAAAAAAUAUUUAGAGUUUUA